AUGAACUCUUCCUCCGUCUACUCUGUGAGAGACUGGCAAACUACCCGUGAGUAUACCCACCCCCCACGUUCAAGCAAGCCACAGCAAGCUAUACGUGGGUAUCAAGAAGCUAAACAGAGUAAAGCAAGUGAGGCACAUUCCGCCCACCACGAAGGAGUCUCCGAUGCGGCAGCGUUAGAUAGAGCGAGUACGAAGAGGGUGCUAAAACUUCAGGGUUAUUCUGGGCUAUCUGAAUCACAAAUAACUGAACUAACGAUCUGUACCUAUAUUGCACACUCACUUACAUCUGAUGGCUCAAUAAAGGAGUUAAUCAUGCAGGCAAGGAGGAUAAGGUACGAUGUCAUCGAGAUGGAAAAAACUGGAAAACGUCAGUCACUCAAUUCCAUCUACAACACCGCAAAAGAAUUGUUCCUUCGAACACCCGACAAUAGAGGAGUUGGCGAUGUCGGCGGCGUCGGCGUUUUCGUCAAUACGAGUUUGUCCAUGAACAUCGAUUCAUUCGAAUAA